AAACACAUGAAAAACUGACGCAAGUUUGUUUCUGAAAUUAAAAAUUCCUGUAUCUGUCCGCUUAUGGACAAUAAAAAUUAGCUAAUGAACGCGCGUGAAUUUCUACAGCUACUGUCAGAAUGACUCUUGAACUAAACUUCCAUCGGUACUAAGUGUGCUCAAAUUCUGGGGAUGUGUCUGCUGGCUGACCAAUUCAGUUUUACAAGUAAAUUUUCUGGGAAAUAGAAGAUGAGACAUUUCCGCUUAUAAAGAGGAACUAAUAAAUUUGCCAGCAACUAGAAAAGUUGUUUUAAAAAUGCUAAUUGUUGGUUACUUCGUGGCGAUGAUGGUCCAAGAUGAAUCUUUUAUGCUGUAAAUGCUUUCGUUUUCAGUUGACUUCAAUGCGAAAAUUUUAAAAUAUGACGAAAGAUAGAGAAAAAAACCGUCUCGUCUUUAUAUCACUCCGUAAUUCUUUUCCAGCCCUUUUAUUCCCAGAUUUGACUCUUUCUCAUCAAAGUCAUCAGAAUGCGACUGGGGCCCAGUCAACUCCCCUCCAUUUUGCUUUACACUGAGUGCGAGUCAACCGAUAAGUCUGCAUCUUCCGCUUUCUCUGUCGACUGAAGGAAAUCAUCGUUCACUACGGCAUCUUAAACAAGUCUGUACAGGCUGAGAGGCGGCCGAUCGUGACAACGCUAUUGAGUACGAUGUAAGAUCCAUCAGAAUCCUAAGGUGGAACAACAUUCAUUCAAAGCGGAGUCUGACUUGACUGGAGAAUGGCUGCUGCCCCAGACCCAGAUGAAAUUCUUCGUUCAACAAAAGGAAAAGGAAAUUUUCAACGUGUAGCACGACUGUUGAUAAGUGGAGGUACUACACUUCUGAGAGAAAUUUUCGAUCAACUCUCUCCACCAAGUAGUCUUCCCACGAUACUAAAACGUCCAGCCACACAGAAACAACUCAAAGCAGCAAAGCUCACCAAGCCACAGUGGGACUGUCUGUACCCUUCCCCAGGGGUGUACGGCAAGUCAGCAGAUUUUGAUGUUACUUUGCUAUUCAGGUUGCUGAGGACAAUAUGCAACCUCACCCCUCUCACCACCGGAUGGGAUGCACUGCCCACAAGCACAGACAACAGUUUAGUUGCAGACUUAGUGAGAAUUAAAUAUUACCGUAAUUCAGUGUAUGGUCACGUGAGCCAAAAUAUGGAAAUUACGGAUGACGAGUUCCCACAGCUUUGGGAAGACAUCAGUGAAGCGCUGCUUAGAAUUGCUGGGCAAAUCAGCCCUACGAAGAAAACAGCAUGGCAGGAGGCCAUUGGUAACUUUUUAAAGGAUCCCCUUACAGCCGAGGAUGAACGAAAUGUCCAGGAACUGCGAAGGUGGUACAAAAAUGAUGUGGAAGUAAAGGAAUUCAUAGAGUCCUCAGCUCAAAAAACGAGAAAAAGAAUGAAACGUCUGAAGAGGUCUGUUCGAGAGGAAGCCCAAUAAAUCAGAGAUCAGCUCGGAGGGGAACUGAAAACCACAAGUCAAGACGUUCAAAGCCUAGUUCGAGAGGAAACUCAAGACAUCAAAGAUCAGCUGGGAGAGAUGCAUCAAUCCAUAGAUAGGCUCAGCUCCUCCGCUGGCACCUCUCAAGCAGCAGGAGGUCAGUAGCUUCUUGCUAGUAGUUUACAAGGGGUGAACAAUUAUUACAUUAUCACUUGAUGGAAGAAUGGGGGAGCUUGUGAAGGUUGGAAAAAUCGCGCUAAAAUACCGACCAGACACUUACUUAGAGUUAUUCAGGUUAUAAAGAAUAUCGAGUAAAGCGGUUGCGAGGAAAACUUAUUUAGCAGGCAUGAAAACAAAUUCCUGCAGGGAUGGAAGGAGAAAAAAUAUCGUGCAGCCAAAUUCAUGCAAUCCCCCAUUAAUAAUAUAAUGAUCCACCGUAAUAGUACCCAAAAAUAUUACUUUGAAAACCGUGCCAUUCAGGUCUGAAGUGCAUAACACCAACCAAGCUCGUAAAAAUAGAAGAUGGUUGUGAUGUGUCACGUUUAGAAUGAACAGCUCGUCUAUUUUCUCGACCUUGUUGGAAAAGAAAGGGACUGUUAACAGUCUGUAUCACAGUAACAAAUACAAGUGUUUGGCUAAAGCGGAGAGGAGAAGAGAGGGAUAUUACCAACCACAUGACAAAAGCGAACAUGCCGAGGUAUAUGGUGUUGUUCCUAGUAUUUUUAGCUUCCGCGCGCAUGUGCAAUAAAAUUGUAUUAUUUCCCAACAGCUCGUCUUGGAGUGAGGAUUAAUGGCAAAACAGUCCAGGGAGUGGCAAUGGUACAUGUGACGUCGCGUAAACGAAAGGCAGACACUAGUUUUCCCACAGCACAGCAAGUUUUGAAUCUCGCGGCGUCAAAAUAUUUGAAAACAAUUGACCCAUCGAAACCAGAGGACUUAAAUGGCUUUGUUUAUUACAUGGAAAAAGUACGAAAAACAUUGCUCGUGGAUACUAAGUCAGGGAGUUUGAUCAUCACAGUUGAAUGUCGCUCUCUGGAAAUACUUGACGGAUUGUGGUCUGAUUAUUGCACUGGCUUUCUGAAUAAAAUGGUGCAAAAAUUCCUUGUGACCGAUGAGGUUUUC